CUCGUUCCCUUUGUUUAGAGGUGGAGGUGAUGGCUUCUGGCGGUGGUUACAGGAAUGGCAAUCACAAGUCAUCUAAUCUAAGAACUUCCAAAUCCAAGCUUCCGUCGUCAACUUCUAAUGUCCGCCGCAGUAGCAACGUCUCCACUCUCGGUGUCGCUGUUGAUGCCGUUUCUGGAAGAGUUAGAGUUGCUGUAAGAUUGAGACCUCGAAAUGCUGAGGAGUUGGCAGCAGAUGCAGAUUUUGCUGAUUGUGUGGAACUGCAACCAGAGCUGAAAAGAUUGAAACUUCGGAAGAACAACUGGGAUACGGAUGUCUACGAGUUUGAUGAGAUAUUAACUGAAUCUGCAUCACAAAAGCGUGUCUAUGAAGUGGUUGCAAAACCUGUUGUGGAGAGUGUCUUGGAGGGUUACAAUGGGACAGUGAUGGCUUAUGGUCAAACUGGCACUGGGAAAACCUAUACUCUUGGACAACUUGGAGAAGAAGACCCCUCUGCCCGUGGUAUUAUGGUUCGCUCAAUGGAACAAAUUCUUGCUAAUACAUGCCUAGAGACUGAUUCAGUUUCAGUGUCAUACUUGCAGCUUUAUAUGGAAACAAUCCAAGACCUUCUUAAUCCUGCAAAUGAUAAUAUUGCUAUAAUUGAAGACCAAAUAAGUGGUGACAUUUCCCUACCAGGGGCAACAGUAGUUGAGGUCCGAGACCAUCAAAGUUUUUUAGAACUGUUGCAGUUGGGGGAAGGUCAUAGAUAUGCUGCUAACACAAGGAUGAAUACAGAAUCUUCUCGUAGUCAUGCUAUUCUCAUGGUGCACAUUAAGAAGUCUGUGUCUGAAAUAGAAUCUGAUUUGACUGGUGAAUACGACGUCUCUUCUCAUCUGGCCCUGAAUUUUAAGCCACCCAUGCUCAGGAAAGGCAAACUAGUUCUAGUGGAUCUUGCUGGUUCUGAGCGAGUGCUCAAAUCAGGAAGUGAAGGGCAUGUUUUAGAAGAAGCCAAAUCUAUCAAUCUUUCACUAAGUGCAUUAGGGAAGUGCAUAAAUGCUUUGGCAGAAAAUAGUGCUCAUGUACCAUUCCGAGAUUCAAAACUUACACGAUUACUAAAAGAUUCAUUUGGAGGUACAUCAAGAACAUCACUAGUUGUGACCAUUGGGCCAUCAUCAUGCCAUCGAGCUGAGACAGCAAGUACUAUUUUGUUUGGACAAAGGGCUAUGAAGGUGGAGAAUGUGUUGAAAAUUAAGGAGGAAUGUGAUUACAAAAGUUUGUGCAAAGGGCUUCAGGUACAAGUUGACAAACUUAUUGCUGAAAAUGAAAGACAGCAAAAGUCUUUUGAGGAUGAGGUUAAGAAAAUCAGGUUAGAAGCACAAAAGCACAUCUCUGAGGCUGAAAGGAAUUAUGCAGAAGAGUUAAAGGAGGAGAAAUUGAAAUGCCAGAUGGAAUAUAUGGAAUCAAUUAAGAAGCUGGAAGAAAAGAUGCUUAAUCAACAACAGCAUCCAAGCAAUGGUAUCACUGAUGGAACAUAUUUAGGAGAGGGCCAAAAGGGGUUUUGUACUGAGGAAGUGACUGAGCUGAAGAAGUUGCUACAUAAUGAAAUUAAAAUAAGAAAAGCAGCAGAAGAAGAAACCAACAAGCUCAAAGAUCAAAUUAUGAAGUUUUCAGAACCAGAACUAAAAGGUGGAAAUUCUGACAUUGUAAACCUCCAAAAAGUGCUGGAAGAAGAGACUCGUCAGAAAAAGAGGCUGGAAGAAGAAGUGAACAUCUUGAAAAGCCAAUUGUCUCAUCUGACUUUGCACACUGGUCAAAUUAGAAACAAUCCUGAUAGAGAUGGAAAUGGCAGUUUGCUUUCUGGUCUAGAUUCUCUGUCUCCAUUUAGACAUCUGCCAUAUAAAGAUAGCAAUAAUGGGGAGAGAGGGGCAAUCACCAAUCUCCAUGAACAAGUUGGACUACACAAGAUUUUGUCACUACUUGAGUCUGAAGAUGCUUGUGUGCAGAUUCAUGCAGUAAAAGUAAUUGCCAACCUAGCAGCAGAAGAAGCAAAUCAGGAGAAAAUAGUUGAAGCUGGUGGCCUGUCUUCAUUACUGAUUCUUCUUAGAAGUUCUGAGGAUGAAACUAUUCGCAGAAUAGCAGCUGGUGCAAUUGCAAAUCUUGCAAUGAAUGAAGCAAACCAGGAGCUUAUUAUGGCUCAAGGCGGGGUUGGUCUACUGGCUAUGACUGCAUCUGAUGCUGAGGAUCCUCAGACUCUACGAAUGGUUGCUGGAGCUAUUGCAAAUCUAUGUGGCAAUGAUAAACUGCAGAUAAGGCUAAGGUCUGAAGGUGGCAUUAGGGCAUUGUUAGGAAUGGUGAGAUCCAGGCAUCCAGAUGUUCUUUCCCAAGUUGCACGUGGACUUGCCAAUUUUGCCAAGUGUGAGUCCAGAUCUUCUACUCAGGGCACCAAAACUGGACGAUCCCUUCUGAUAGAAGACGGGGCACUACCAUGGAUCAUAAAGAAUGCCAACAAUGAAGCCUCACCUAUUAGACGUCACCUUGAGCUUGCACUCUGCCACCUGGCACAACAUGAGGAAAAUGCAAGAGACAUGAUUAGUGGUGGAGCCCUUUGGGAGCUAUGCCGGAUAUCGCGUGAAUGCACCAGGGAUGACAUAAGGGCUCUUGCACGGCGGACUUUGGGUUCAAGCACAACCUUCCUAGCCGAAAUGCGGCGCAUACACAUAGAGCUAUAGAUCUAUGCUAAUGUUGGUUCUGGCCAGCCUUGUAUUAUGUUGGGGUGUUAGUUCAAAGCGAAGGGCCGAGCAUUGCCGCAGGAUCUGGUACUUGCUUAUUGUAGGAAGCUUUCCAGCCUUCCAGGUUUGUACUUAGUUUUGUUGGAGAAUAUAUUAAGGCUUAAGUGAGCAUUUCAUUAUCAUAUAGCGGCUAGGUUGUAAACGACUUCUUUUGUGCUUCAGCUUUGUUCUCCGUAUAAAUAGAUGAAUGUAAUUCAAUUAAAAGCUAAUGAAAUCAUUGCUUCAAUUUUUCAUUUCC